AUGCGAUGCGCGAGCAAGGCCGCCGAGAGCGCGUCUGCACGUCUCUGUGCGGACGCCGAAGCAGAAACUACAGCAACUGAUAUCCCAUCGGUUGCUGAAUCGACUCAGCCUGUAUCACCUGGUGAUGCAGGCGCUGGUCAUGAAGACACUCGUGUCUUCACAGAGUACGAGCUCGGUGUCUCGUACUCUCCUGAUACGGAUGACGGAUCCGUAUCGACGGCAAUUGAAUCCAAGCCGCCUGCCAAGCGUGGCAUGGACGAUGCUUUGCGUCGCAGCAUCUUUGGUUCAUCUGAUGAGUCAGAUGAACCAUCGCCGAAGCGAAGGCGCUCGAGGUCGCGAGACUCGGGCGCUAAUAGUGGUGUCGGUUCUCCUAUGGACACCACUUCACAGCGAGGUGCCAGUACUUCUGUCGGCACGUCGCAGGAAGAGCGGGACCGCAAUGUGUUGCGUCUCGCUCCAGAAAAGAAGGCAUGGAUGCCUCCUAAAUCUGUCAUGGAUCACUUGUCGGCGACGACGAGUGAUCGUUAUCGAACACGAUUGUUCGAUUCGUCAAGGAUUCAUCACCUUGACCCCAGCGCGAAAGACUAUCGCGCUGAACAUGAGUUCUUCAUCGAUGCUUUCUUCAGACAUCGAUGGUACAGUGGGAAUCACAAACGUGAUGGUCCCUCACUACUUCAGGCGUGGAACGCCUACAUCCAUAAUCUCGAGGAUGUAGGUCGUGACGUUUGGAACGACAAACUUAUCAAAGCUUGUGAUCAGUUUGAGAAAGAACCCCGACAGGUGCACGCUAUAAGCUGCAUCGUCUGUCAAGGGAGAAAGGAUUACCCUGCCUCUCCUAGGAAGACUCGUGCCCAUGUUGUGUGA